AUGCCUCCCUCUACUCCAUCGUUGCGGCAUCAGGUCAUUGCCCUCUACAAGGAACUGCUCUACCUCGGUAGGGAGUAUCCUCUGGGCUAUGAUUACUUCCGCCCCAGGCUGCACAAGGCAUUCAUGAGCAAGGCCGGCGAAACAGAUGAGGAUAAGAUUCGGAAAGGGAUCAGCCAGGGCGAGUACGUGAAAAAAGAGAUUGAGAUGCUGUACUACUUGAAGCGAUACCGCACACUGAGGAAGCGUUACGAUGCAGACGCAUGA